AUGUCCAGCCCAACACCUGCCCCAAUCGCCAUCAUUGGUGGUGGCAUAUUUGUGAAAGAACAGCACUUGCCUGCUGUGCUAGCCACGCCUUUGCUCUCGCUCAAGGCCAUCUACUCGCGCUCUCUCAAGUCCGCCAAGGACACCUCAGAGCUCCUUCCGGCUUCGCACAGCGCUGUCGACCUCUACUCGGAGGACUCUGGCCCCGGCAAGUCCUUCAGGGACCUUCUCUCGCGUUCCGAUAUUGUCGGCGUGAUUAUUGCUCUCCCAAUCCGAAACCAGCCUGAAUUCAUAGAGGCCGCCCUCAAGGCGGGUAAGCACGUGCUGGCGGAGAAGCCCGUUGGUCCAGACGUAGAGUCGGCUAAGAAACUGAUCUCCUGGUAUCGGGAGAUUGCCGCGGCGAGCAAGGUCACCUGGGCCGUAGCCGAGCAAUUCCGAUUCUUGCCCAAAUAUGUCUGGGCUGCAGAGCAGGCGCGGACGUUGGGCAAGGUGAUUGGGUUCAAUUUCAGGGUAUUCCAACUAUGCAGGCAAGACAACAAGUAUUUCAACACUGAGUGGCGGAAAAACCCAACACAUCCAUUUGGAUUCAUCCUCGACGGCGGCGUCCAUUCCACUGCAGCCGUUCGUAUGUUCCUCGGCCAAGAUCAGGCCCAGACAGUCAUUGGUUACUCGUCUCUAGCCCAGCAACAUCUCGCCCCGGUGGACACGCUUUCCGCUGUCAUCAAGACCAAGUCCGGCGCGGUGGGUAGCUUUACUUGUAGCUGGGGAACUACCAUGAAGGCGACUGAAUACACUGUGGCUUGUGAAAAAGGCAGCGUCACUGUCGAGGGUGACGCAGGCUGGAUUCUCCACAAGGAUGGUCAAAAAGUCGAGAAGGACUUCCCGUUCCGGAUCGGCUCUGGAGUGACGGAGGAAGUGCAGGCUUGGGGAGCUGCGAUUGCUGAAGGCAAGGAGAAUCCGCUGCUGACGCCCGAGAUAACCUUGGGCGACCUGGAGUUGCUCGAGUACAUGUUGAGGAGUGCCGAGGAUAAUGGUGCUCCAAAGAAGCUAGACCUUCAGUAG